CCCAAACAAGUUCGAAAAGGCCAGGGUCCUCCCCUGUCACCACGGCUGCUCCGCCACCGCCUCUCUCUCUCUCCUCUCCUCUCCUCCCCGCGUCCUUCCUCUUCUUCCUCUUCUUCCUCUCUCAAAAUUUCAGACAGUACCCUAGGUUUCAAUUCCAUCUGGAUACCAAAAAACUUGGAAUUUCACCUAUAUAAUUCUCUUUCAUUCCUAUAUUGAGAGACAGAGAGAGAGAGAAGGAAGAGAGGAGGGAGGAGAGAUGGCGAUUCUGUAUGCAUUGGUGGCAAGGGGAUCGGUGGUGUUGGCAGAGUUCAGCGCAACGUCAACGAACGCAAGCACGAUCGCGAGGCAGAUCUUGGAGAAGAUUCCGGGGAACAACGACUCGAAUUUGUCGUAUUCUCAAGAUCGCUACAUCUUUCACGUCAAGCGCACCGAUGGCCUUACCGUUCUCUGCAUGGCCGACGAUACCGCCGGAAGGAGAAUUCCUUUUACAUUUCUCGAAGACAUCCAUCAGAGAUUUGUGAGGACUUAUGGUCGGGUAGUUCUUUCAGCCCAUGCUUAUGCCAUGAAUGAUGAAUUUUCAAGGGUUUUGAGCCAACAAAUGGAAUAUUACUCAAAUGAUCCAAAUGCAGAUAGGAUAAACCGGUUAAAAGGUGAAAUGAGUCAGGUGCGCAAUGUCAUGAUAGAGAACAUUGAUAAAGUUUUAGAGAGAGGUGACCGCUUGGAGUUGUUGGUUGAUAAAACAUCCAAUAUGCAAGGAAAUACCUUCCGUUUUAGAAAGCAGGCUCGCCGUUUCAGAAGCACCGUAUGGUGGAGAAAUGUCAAGCUCACGAUCGCACUGAUAAUCCUUCUGUUAGUGAUUGCUUAUGUUGUUGUGGCUUUUGUUUGCCAUGGGCCAUUGCUUCCUUCUUGUCUGAAGUGAGAGAAUUGGUGUUGAGCAAUGUCCGAUUGUUUGCCUCCCUCUCCCAAUGUAUGUGAUUUUUUUUUUCUAUAUUAUCUGUCUCAUAUUCUUGUGCCAAAACAACUUGUGUGCCUACUUGUAGCAUCUGUUGCGCAAACUUGAAGCUGUUCCUUGACUCGAAUAUGUGGUAUUUAUGGAGUAAUUGAAUUUUGGGGAAAUAUCUAGCCCUGCCUAAUGUAUUUUCGGCCAAUGCAUGGGCUGCAAGAACAA